GACUAAACGUGAGUUCAACUAUGCAAUAGUGACAUUUUCCAAAGGAUACACAUUCUGGAGAGAUUAGGAGCAACCUAAACAUGCCAUGAGACUUGUUUACAACCACAAACUCAGUGUUUGGACAUAGGGUGGGAUGUAAACAGAGGUAAAAUAAUUUAAGACAUACAAACCGUUAGUAGUUCAAACAUUUACUCAAAACUCUCCGGGGAUGCUUGAUUAAAUUAUGUGAGGCCCCGCCCCUGGAGUUCCACGAUUGGGCGCCGAGAUAAGGGGGCGUGUCACGAUCACCCUUUGUAUAAAUGGACACACGCACCACUAUUUGACAGCCAAAACAAACUAGACGCUGUGGUGAAUUGCACUUGUUGUCAGCUUAUUCAUUUUUUUUCAUUAUAAUUAAGCAUCAUAAUUAAGAAACCAAAGGACAUCGCUCACAUGCUAGCGCAUCCUUCGUGUAGAAGACCGGGAGUGGGUGCGCACAACUGACCGAGGAUGGACUCGCCUAUGCAGGGGUCCCACUGGCUUCCACUUGCACUCUGCGCUCUGCUAUUGUGGAGCUCUGUGUGUGCUCGUGAGCCGUUCUGUCAGGAGAUUUCUGUGCCAUUGUGUAGAGGCAUCGGUUACAACUACACCUACAUGCCCAACCAAUUCAACCACGACACCCAGGAUGAAGCCGGGCUAGAGGUGCACCAGUUCUGGCCCCUCGUGGAGAUCCAGUGUUCCCUGGACCUGCGCUUCUUUCUUUGCAGCCUGUACACGCCCAUUUGCCUUGAGGACUACAAGAAGCCUUUGCCACCGUGCAGGAGCGUCUGCGAACGGGCGAAAGCGGGAUGCGCGCCUCUGAUGAGGCAAUACGGUUUCCCGUGGCCGGACCGAAUGAGAUGCGACCUUCUACCCGUGCAGGGAGAUCCAAAUACUCUGUGUAUGGAUUACAACAGGACUGAUGCCACAGCCUCUCCGGCGGCUCCAAAACCAACCAGCCGUCCGGGGAAGCCAUACAACCGGAAAAAUAAAAGCAGUCCUGGAUCAUCUUCGUGUGAACCGGAGUGUCACUGUCGUGCGCCUAUGGUGACCGUAAGCAGUGACCGCCAUCCAUUGUAUAACCGGGUAAAGACUGGACAGAUCCCAAACUGCGCAAUGCCAUGCCACAACCCAUAUAUUUCUCAGGAGGAAAGGACAUUUGCCACAUUCUGGAUCGGAGUAUGGUCGGUUUUGUGCUUCUUGUCCACCUUUGCCACGGUUGCAACUUUCCUCAUUGACAUGGAGAGAUUUAAAUACCCCGAGCGCCCGAUUAUUUUCCUGUCCGCCUGCUAUAUGUUUGUGUCCAUCGGGUACAUCAUCAGACUCAUCGCGGGACACGAAAGAGUUGCGUGCAAUCAGGAUCAUGGGGUGGACCAUAUCCACUACGAAACUACGGGUCCCGCGCUUUGCACGCUAGUGUUUCUACUCAUCUAUUUUUUUGGGAUGGCGAGCGCCAUCUGGUGGGUGAUCCUGACGUUUACGUGGUUCCUCGCAGCUGGGAUGAAGUGGGGAAAUGAAGCGAUCGCACGAUACUCGCAGUAUUUUCACCUGGCCGCAUGGCUCAUUCCGAGCGUCAAAUCGAUCGCCGCACUCGCGUUGAGUUCGGUGGACGGCGACUCGGUUGCGGGAAUCUGCUACGUGGGCAACCAAAACUUGGAUAACCUACGUGGAUUCGUGGUCGCGCCACUGGUUAUUUAUCUUUUUAUCGGGAUGAUAUUUUUAUUCGCGGGCUUCGUGUCUAUGUUUCGGAUUCGGAACGUUAUUAAACAAGGAGGAACGAAAACGGACAAGCUCGAGAGAUUGAUGAUUCGCAUCGGGGUAUUUACAGCCCUGCAUACGGUGGUUGCAAUGGUGAUCGUGGCUUGUUACGUUUACGAACAGCACAAUCGCGAAGCGUGGGAAAUCGCGCAUGCGUGUAACUGCUCAUCGAAUAAACCGGAUUACGCAGUGUUUAUGCUCAAGUAUUUCAUGUGCCUUUUGGUGGGGAUCACGUCAGGCGCGUGGACGUGGUCCGGUAAAACCUUGGACUCUUGGCGAGCCCUGUGCGCCCGCCGCUGCUGCAUCUCGGGUAGCAAAGGCACGAACGGUUCCGUUUAUAGUGACACGAGCACGGGACUAACGUGGAGGUCCGGUACCGCAAGUUCUGUAUUGUGUGCUCCCAAACAAAUGCCACUGUCCCGAGUGUAAUAAGCAGGACUUUUUAAAAAGAUGCUGAUCAGCUGCUUUCCUGACAAAUGAGAGAUGCAUAUUACUAGCUUUAGGAGAGAUCGGGGCUAGUUGUCACAUCGAGAAGUCAGUAUACUGUGAGAAAUAUUCACUGGAGUAAAAAGUGUGACGACUAAUCUCGAUCUCUUCCACUAAACACAGCUCAAGCCUUUUUAUCAGGUUAUGAAUGUGCCUUUAAAAGUGUCCAUACGGGUUUUUAUAUUUUCUUAUGUAUUUAUAUUAAGAUGGUAUUGUUGAAACGACAUAGAAUGUUUAACAUUUAUACAAGAUUGUGUGUAUUUAUCAUUUACUGUGACAGAAGACUAUUUUAACAA